UCUCUCUCUCUCUCAGCUCGUCCUUCCUCUGCCUCCCCCUCUACACCACCACCCAGCUCCACUACCAACCAGGCUGGAGAGUCCCCGGCAGCACUGCACGCAACACUCUCACUGACUGACAGCUGCGACUGACUCUUGGGGGGAAAAGAUGGAGCACAGAGAUUCCGACUUCAACAUCCUGCUAGCGACCGACUCAUACAAGGUAACACAUUACAAACAGUACCCCCCCAACACGAGUAAAGUGUACUCCUACUUCGAGUGCCGCGAGAGGAGGACCGAUCCAACCAAAAGCAGAAAAGUCAAAUAUGACAAGACCGUCUUCUAUGGCCUACAGUACAUCCUCAACAAAUACCUAAAGGGAAAGGUAGUGACCCCAGAGAAGAUCCAGGAGGCGAAGGAGGUAUACAGAGAACACUUCCAGGAUGAUGUUUUCAAUGAGAAGGGGUGGACCUACAUUUUGGACAAAUACAAUGGACACCUGCCUAUUGAAAUCAAGGCAGUGCCAGAGGGGAGCGUCAUUCCUCGAGGCAAUGUUCUGUUCACAGUGGAGAGCACAGACCCUGAAUGCUACUGGCUCACCAACUGGGUGGAGACCAUUCUGGUUCAGAUCUGGUACCCCAUCACCGUGGCGACCAACUCCAGGGAGCAGAAGAAGAUCCUCGCCAAGUACCUCCUGGAGACUGCUGGGAACUUGACGGGACUGGAGUAUAAACUACAUGACUUUGGCUACAGGGGCGUCUCCUCACAAGAGACUGCGGGCAUCGGGGCCUCCGCCCAUCUGGUCAACUUCAAGGGCACAGACACGGUCGCCGGCAUCGGUGUCAUUAAGAAGUACUACGGCACCAAGGACCCUGUGCCGGGCUUCUCAGUGCCUGCUGCAGAGCACAGCACCAUCACAGCGUGGGGGAAGGACCAUGAAAAAGACGCCUUCGAGCACAUCAUCAAGCAGUUUCCCAACGUGCCCGUAUCCAUCGUCAGCGACAGCUACGACAUCUACAACGCCUGUGAGAAGAUCUGGGGAGAAGACCUCCGGUCGCUGAUAGAGGCGCGCAGCGCAGACGCCCCGCUGGUUGUCCGACCAGACUCAGGAAACCCGCUCGAUACAGUUUUGAAGGUUUUGGAGAUCCUGGGUAAGAAGUUUAUUCCAGUGGAGAACUCCAAAGGUUACAAGGUUCUCCCUCCUUACAUCAGAGUCAUACAAGGAGACGGAGUUGAUAUCAACACACUGGCAGAGAUAGUGGAGGGUAUGAAGCAACACAAGUGGUCCAUUGAGAACAUCUCCUUCGGGUCCGGAGGGGCUCUGCUGCAGAAACUGACCAGAGAUCUGCUCAACUGCUCCUUCAAAUGCAGCUAUGUGGUCACCAACGGACUGGGGGUGAACGUGUUCAAGGACCCAGUGGCGGACCCCAACAAGAGGUCAAAGAAAGGUCGGCUGUCUCUCCACCGGACACAGAGUGGUGACUUUGUCACCCUGGAGGAGGGCAAGGGCGACCUGGAGGAGUAUGGCGUGGACCUGCUGCACACAGUCUUCCAGAACGGGAAGAUCGUGAAGACGUACACAUUUGACGAAGUCAGAGACAAUGCCAAGCUCAAGGAGAGUGAGCUUGAAGUAGCGAUGCACUGAGCGCAGCACUACUUAACCCCCAACCUUCCACCCUAAACCCCAAAACAACCACCCCCCCUCCACCUCCCCUCAACCCUUCACCUUUUGGCCUCCGACGCCACCUCAGAAAACAGAGGUGGCGUGCACUGCUAAUAAUAGAUCCCCACUCCCAAAGCUUAAGAAUCCCCCCCAAAAAACGUUCCUAAAAAAAACCUGAGACUCCCUUAAAAUUCACAGAUCUUCACCUGAUUGGUUGGUUCUCCAACUGAGUGUGGGGGGGGGGGGGGACUCACACACCACUGAUGAACGGCGAUGAGUGUGAGGAGGGGAAAAAGAGAAAGAGAAUGUGUGAGAGGUACAGUAAAGUGACAUGAAUGACAGACAUGUAGAGGGAUAGAAGUCGCGGAUAUGAUGAUGAACCGUGCGUUCGCUCCCACGUGCCACUGCCCCCAAAUUAAACUUCGGCAUGUUGCACUGAUAAGCUAGACAUAUUGCAACGUAAAAAAAAAAAAUGUGAUUGGCCGCCGAUAGGCAAUGUGUCAGCAGACUUUUCCAUGCCAACACAAAUGCAAAAAAACAAAAAAAGAUGAUUGUGAGUAAGCUCCCGGCGGCUGCGUGCGGAGUGAACUCACGGCAAGUGAAAGGCGACGACGGAGAAAUACGAACCACACUCACACCAAUGACCGCGCCCCGUGUAUUGUGUACAGAACUGUUUAGAGAAAAAAAAAAAUACAUGUCUAAAUCUACUUAGCUUUGUCUUUUAUGUGAAGGAAGAAAAUGAUGAUCGUGGUAUACGAGACGGUGCACCGAUAACAUUGACUGAGAGCAGCUGAUAACGUUGCUUCUACUCGGAAGCAGAAGAUCCUGUAACUGUGGGGCGAUGAAGGAAUUCAUUUUCCCCCGUUUUCUUGAUUUUAAUCAGAAGUUACGGCACAAAUUAUAACAGGCCCAUAUCUAUCAAGUACUACCUGAAUAUUUUGUACUCUUACUCCGCCAAAUAAAAUGUUAUGGGUGCAUCU